CAUUUUGAAGGGGAGGAGCCGGAGAAGAGCAGCUGGCUUGGCGGCGGCAGCAGAGGAGCCUCAGCAGCAGCAGCAGCAGGAAGGCUGAGAGUCCGAGGGAGCGGGGCUGGGCCGAAGGACGAGGGCCAUGGGGCAGUGCGGGAUCACCUCCUCCAAGACCGUCCUCGUCUUCCUCAACCUCAUCUUCUGGGCAGCAGCAGGCAUCUUGUGCUACGUUGGCGCCUACGUCUUCAUCACGUAUGAUGACUAUGAUCACUUCUUUGAAGAUGUCUAUACGCUGAUCCCUGCCGUGGUUAUCAUCGCAGUGGGCACACUUCUCUUCAUCAUAGGUCUGAUUGGCUGCUGUGCCACAAUCCGGGAAAGCCGCUGCGGUCUUGCUACGUUUGUGAUCAUCCUCCUGUUGGUUUUUAUUACUGAAGUUGUGGUGGUAGUCCUGGGAUAUAUCUACAGAGCAAAGGUGGAGUUUGAAGUCGAUCACAGUAUCAAGAAAGUGUACGACACAUACAAUGGGACUAACCCGGAUGCUGCAAGCCGUGCAAUUGAUUAUGUCCAGAGGCAGCUGCACUGCUGUGGAAUCCACAACUACAGUGACUGGGAGAUGACAAACUGGUUCAAAGAAACCAAAAACCACAGUGUGCCCCUCAGCUGUUGUAAAGCCACCAUCAGCAAUUGUACGGGAAGCUUGAGUCGUCCCACAGAUCUUUAUGCUGAGGGAUGUGAGGCUUUGGUUGUAAAGAAGCUGCAAGAAAUCAUGAUGUACGUUAUCUGGGCUGCAUUGGCAUUUGCUGCCAUCCAGUUGCUGGGUAUGUUGUGUGCCUGCAUUGUGCUCUGCCGGAGGAGUCGGGAUCCUGCUUAUGAGUUACUCAUCACUGGAGGAACCUACGCAUAGAAGCUGCAAACUUAAGCUUGAAUUCCAUUUUCUCUGCGUUGGAAGGUGUCUUGGCUGGGUCAGCUGCAGCAGUCGUUUUGCCAACUUUGGCUUGGCAAAAGCACACCUUUUGUAAACUGGGACAGCUACGCACAUACACUGGUGAUGGGCAAAGGCUCGGCUUUCAAUAUCCCCUUAUUACUGUGGCACCCCCAUCCCGUUCCCCUUCCCCCAGACUAUUUUAGCAAGAUUUCCACAUAUCUGUACAUGUUAGUAACCAAAUAAAUGCUAUUUUUGAAAUCAUUUACCAAAAGAGACAAUGUAAGCUAGUGGCAGAUUUUUGCUAGCCAUUUUACUGAUUUGAUUUUUACAUGAGGCAUCCUUUACCUCUUUACUGGGUAGACUAUUUGGCCAGGAUUGCAUGAGGGAAAUUGGGUACCUUUGCAAACCUUUUUUCAUUUUGUUUGUUCUGUUUCUGUUUCCGUUUUUUUGCUCCUUGCCUUUCACCAGUGUUUGUCUUUUAUUAAAAGAAAGCAUUAAAACCAAGUCCAGAACACUACAAAAAUGACUACUAACCAAAAUGUUAGAAUCACAUGACUUUCUUAAAUUCAAAUGAACAAAUCUUCCAAACUUAAUGUGUUAAAAGUACAAGCUGGCUUUUCAGAAGUAUAAUGUAUGCACUACUGUUCUACAAUGAAUAUUUUCUUUUUCUCUUUUUUUUUUCUAUGAAGAGGCUGUUCAUGUGUCGAGUGGAUUGUUAUCAUAGAGUAGCAAAAUAGUAUGUGAAAAUGAAAUGUAAAUAGAAAACCUGAUUAAAUAAAUCUUCUGUACAUCUCCCUCUAAA